GUUUUGGAUAUCAAACGAAUUUGUUGGAGGAUAUACUCCAAUCCACUUUUCUGCGGAAAACACCAGUUGAAGUCCAAGUAGAUAGAUAUAAAGGCAUGGCUUCAUCUAUGAUGGGUCAACUGGUUUCUCCAUUGGAGACCGGACAUCAUGUGUGGGAGGAUCAAUCUUUCAUCAAGUGGAACAAGAGAGAUGCGCAUGUCCCUUUACGCUGCCAUGAAUCAAUCGAAGGAUCUCUUAAAUACUGGUAUGAACGCAACAAAGUAAAUUUUAUGCUAUCCAACUCUGCACCAUGGAAUGAUGAUGCUGUUCCUGAAGCUCUUAAGAGUGCAGCUCUUUGGAUCAAGGACUUGCCUUUUGUGGAGUCUUUGUCUGGUUAUUGGAAAUUCUACUUGGCUUCAACUCCUGGAAAUGUUCCUUUGAAUUUUUACCACACUGCGUUUCAGGAUUCUGGGUGGGAAACUUUGCAAGUUCCUUCAAAUUGGCAGAUGCACGGAUUCGAUCGGCCUAUAUAUACAAAUGUUGUGUAUCCUUUUCCACUUGAUCCACCUUUUGUUCCUGUGGACAACCCUACGGGCUGCUACAGGACCGAAUUUGUCAUCCCUGAAGAAUGGAAGGGUCGUAGAAUUUUGUUGCACUUUGAAGCUGUUGAUUCUGCCUUUUGUGCAUGGAUAAAUGGAGUCCCUGUGGGAUAUAGUCAGGACAGUCGACUUCCGGCAGAAUUCGAAAUCACUGAUUAUUGCUAUCCUUGUGGUUCGGACAAGAAAAAUGUACUAGCCGUUCAAGUAUUGAGAUGGAGUGAUGGCUCUUACCUUGAAGAUCAAGAUCAUUGGUGGUUAUCUGGCAUUCAUCGUGAUGUGCUUCUUCUUUCCAAACCACAGGUCUAUAUCACAGACUAUUUCUUCAAAUCAAAUCUGGCUGAGGAUUUCUCUUAUGCAGACCUACAGGUUGAAGUGAAAAUAGAUAACUCCCGAGAAACAUCUAAAGACAAUUUUCUCGAUAAUUUCACUAUAGAAGCUGCUUUAUUUGACAGUGGGAGCUGGUACAGCAGUGGUGGAUCUGCUGAUCUGCUCUCAUCAAAUGUUGCUAAUCUAAAGCUUGGCCCCUCACCCAGCACAACUCUAGGAUUUCAUGAUUACUCGCUAGUAGGGAGACUGGAAGUGCCAAGGCUUUGGUCUGCAGAGCAGCCGAACCUGUACACUCUUGUUGUGACUUUGAAAGAUAAAUCUGGAAACAUUGUGGACUGUGAAUCGUGCCUGGUAGGCAUACGACAAGUAUCAAAAGCCCAUAAGCAGCUGCUUGUUAAUGGGCAUCCGAUAAUAAUAAGGGGUGUGAACAGGCAUGAACAUCAUCCACGUCUGGGGAAGACAAACAUUGAAUCGUGCAUGGUUAAGGAUUUGGUUUUAAUGAAGCAAUUCAAUAUCAAUGCUGUAAGAAACAGCCAUUAUCCCCAACAUCCUCGAUGGUAUGAGCUCUGCGACAUGUUUGGAAUGUACAUGAUAGAUGAAGCCAAUAUUGAAGCCCAUGGUUUUGAUUAUUCUGGACAUGUUAAGCAUCCGACGUUGGAGCCCAGUUGGGCAACUGCAAUGUUAGACCGUGUGAUAGGCAUGGUUGAGAGGGACAAAAAUCAUGCGUGCAUUAUUUCUUGGUCGUUGGGAAAUGAGUCUGGAUAUGGACCUAAUCAUUCUGCUUUAGCUGGUUGGGUUCGUGGAAAGGAUUCUUCACGGCUGUUACAUUAUGAAGGGGGAGGAUCCAGAACCCCGUCUACAGAUAUUGUAUGCCCUAUGUAUAUGCGUGUUUGGGACAUUGUGAAGAUCGCGAAAGAUCCUAAUGAAACACGUCCUUUAAUACUGUGCGAGUAUUCGCAUGCAAUGGGUAAUAGCAAUGGGAAUAUACAUGAGUAUUGGGAAGCAAUUGAUGGCACAUUCGGUCUCCAGGGAGGCUUUAUAUGGGAUUGGGUUGAUCAGGGCUUAUUGAAAGAUAGUGCGGAUGGUACUAAACACUGGGCAUAUGGGGGUGACUUUGGUGAUGUUCCAAAUGAUUUGAACUUCUGUUUGAAUGGUCUUGUGUGGCCCGAUCGAACUCCGCAUCCUGCAAUGCAUGAAGUGAAGUAUGUGUACCAGCCAAUCAAGAUUUCAUUUAGUGAAGGAACACUAAAGAUAUCAAAUACUCACUUUUAUGAAACAACAAAAGCAUUGGAAUUCUGCUGGGCUGCUCAUGGAGAUGGAUGUGAACUUGGAUCUGGUUAUUUAUCCCUUCCUUUGAUUGAACCUCAGAAGACUUUCGAUAUUGAGUUGCAGUCAGCUCCAUGGCAUACUUUAUGGGCUUCAUCAUCGGAAGAUGAGUUUUUCUUAACAAUUAGUGCUAAGCUUUUGCAUUCCACAUGCUGGGUUGAAGCUGGUCAUGUCAUCUCAUCCACACAAGUCCAGUUGCCUGCGAAAAGAGAAUUUGUUCCUCAUGUCAUCAAGACUAAGGAUGCUACAUUCAUUGGGGAGGUUCUCGGAGAUACACUUAAAGUCGGCCAACAGGAUGCCUGGGAGAUAAAACUGAAUGUUAAAAUGGGAACAGUGGAAAGCUGGAAGGUUGAAGGAGUUCCUUUGAUGACAAAAGGCAUAUUUCCAUGCUUCUGGCGAGCACCCACAGAUAAUGACAAAGGCGGAGGUGCCAGUAGCUAUACGUCCAGGUGGCAAGCUGCUCAUAUUGAUAACCUCCAUUACAUUACCAAGAGCUGUUCUGUGGAGAAUAUGACUGACAAUCUAGUGAAAGUAGCUGUUGUCUUUCUGGGUAUUCCAAACAGUGGGGAAGGUUCUGGAAUGAAAGACACAAAUGCCUUGAUUGAAAUUGAUGUGAUUUACACGAUCUACAGUUCAGGGGAUGUUGUUAUUGAAUGCAAUGUAAGACCAAAUUCGAAUCUUCCGCCGCUGCCACGUGUGGGAGUUGAGUUCCACUUGGACAAGGCAAUGGAGCAGGUUAAAUGGUACGGAAGGGGACCAUUUGAAUGUUAUCCAGACAGAAAAGCAGCUGCUCAUGUUGGAGUCUAUGAGCAGAAAGUGAGUGACCUGCAUGUCCCUUAUAUAGUUCCUGGGGAAUGUUCAGGUAGGGCAGACGUUAGAUGGGUGACAUUUCAAAACAAGGAUGGUUUGGGAAUCUAUGCUUCAAUAUAUGGCAGCUCGCCGCCCAUGCAAAUGAAUGCAAGUUUCUACACCACAGCUGAGCUGGAUCGAGCAACUCACAAUGAAGAUCUUAUCAGAGGAGAUGACAUAGAGGUUCAUCUUGAUCACAAGCACAUGGGGCUGGCUGGGGAUGAUAGUUGGUCUCCAUGUGUCCAUGACAAGUAUCUGGUUCCUGCUGUUCCAAGUUCAUUCUCGAUUAGGCUCUCUCCAAUAACCCCUGCAACCUCGGGCCAUAAUAUCUACAAAUCUCAACUUCAACUAUAGUUAUUUCAAGGGCUUUAGGGGAUUUUAUACAUAUUGAACCAUGUUGCUAUGAAAUAUGUUGUAAACCUUUCAGUAUAUGUUUGCUUAUUUUAAUUAGACGAAAUGAUCAUUGUACUAAACUUUCAUUUAUCAUUGCAAUAGACAGCAAUUUCUCCUUAAUAAACAUAGCAACUAUUUUUAUUGACCAUAAAUAAGCAGUUUCUCUCCCCUCUGCG